GUAAUUUAAUGGUUAUGCACGUGUGGUACAUGUAUGCACUUGUAUAGUACGUUACUACGUUCUCUACAUGUGGCGUUAAUUUUCUAUCGUUAUAGUUUAUUUUAUAAGUAAACAUUUAAGAUGGCACUGGAAAGUUUCCCUCGGGGAGGAAAGAAACCUGAAAUUAAGAGAUCGGCGAAUCUGCCAUUUGAGGAGAAGCUUAAAUCCAAGAAGCGUAAAACGCAGGCAAAGAAAAAAAAUGAAAACAAUGUAAUUGAGGUGGAAACAAAUCUCAUUGCCACUACUGCAGAUCGAUUAUUGAAAACCAUGCUACGUGAAGGACUAGUACUGCUUGGCCGGGUUUCUAACGUAUCGGAAUAUGACUUGAUAGUGUCUCUACCAGGUGGAUUCCUAGGACGAGUACAAGCCACAGAUCUCAGCCAAUCCUACACAAAUCUGUUGCAAGAUAUAAUUAAUGCAAAAGCCGUCCAGUCGAAUGAAUUCAAGCCUUUACCAGAUUUAUAUAAACCUGGUGAUUACGUAACGUGCUACGUCAAAAGUAUAAAUGUUGAAGAUAAAUGGUUCUGUGGUUUAUCUAUGGAGCCACAAUUGAUAAAUCAGAAUGUUCAUAUCAGUUAUCUUGCGGAAGAUAUAAAGGUGAUUUGUACCGUCAAGAGUAUAGAGGAUCAUGGUUAUAUAGUUGACACAGGUAUAGCUAAUGUCAGAGCAUUUGUUGCUACUGGAGAUAUUGAUAAAGGAAAGCAAUAUUUUCCAGGCUCUCAACUUUUGUGUGCUAUCAAGGAAAUAAAAACAGUAGAUCAAACGUCUGUCGUCACGUUGUCAACUAAAAGAAAGAAGAUGUACAGUACUAACGUACAUGACAUAGCGUCUUUAGAUGUUUUAACACCGGGAAUAAAAUUGUCACUUUGCAUAACUAAAGUGCUUUCGAAUGGCCUGCAAGUUACUUUUGGGAAAAAUAAGGUUGGAUAUGUAAAUCGAAUUUAUUUGAAUAAUCCUUUAUCUACAUAUGUAGAUAAUAUGGAAGUGACUGGCACAUUAUUAUACAUAUUGCCAACUGUGAAAUUAGCGUAUUUUAGCCUAGUAACUGAUGUAUCUGAAAAGGAAAGAUUGCAUGUAGGUAAUAUUAUAGAUAAGGCGAAAGUUUUAUACAGGGAAUCUAGUGGGAUAAUUCUCAAGUUAUCUAAAUCUGGGCUACGUGGAUAUAUCUCUUUGCGAAGAACUAACGUCCCCUUCGCUAAAAUUCCAACCGAGUUCAAAGAAGGUUCCACACACAAGUGUAGAAUACUUGCAUAUGACUGGAUGGAACACUGCUAUGUCUGUACAAUGGAAGAAGAAAUUUUGAAACAGAAAUAUUUUUCAGCUUACGAUCUUAGUAUUGGCGAUAUCCUCACUGUGACUAUCACGCAUAUCGAAACAGCUCGUGGCUAUGUACACGUACAAGCAGGAAAGAUUAGGGGAACUGUUCCAGUGGAGCACAUAUCCGAUCGCGGCUUAAGUGCUUUAUGUAAAUUGAAAAUCGGUGAUACUGUCGAAGCGAGAGUCUUGGAUAAAUAUAACGAUAAGAAUCAAGCAAAAUUCACAUUGAAACAAUCGCUGAUAAAGAGUAAGUUGCCAGUUUUACAUGAUUUUGGCGAAGCCGAAUGCGGAUUAAAAUAUCAUGGUACGAUUAGCUUGAUAAAUAAGAAUGGCUUAUUGGUGAAAUUUUACGGAACGGUAAAAGGAUGGGUCUCGCGCAUGACAUUAGAUAGAAAUACAUAUAACAUGAACUGGAAUUUCUCUGUUGGCCAGACAGUUACAGCGUGCAUUGAAUCAGUAGAAAAAGACAAAUGUAGAAUGGAAUUAAGAAUCGUUCCCGAAGAAGAGAAACAAUCCGUUAGCUUCUCGAUCGGAGAGACGGUCGAGGGAACAGUGACGGAAUCGUCCGUUAAAGGAAUAUACUUAAAGAUACAAAAAGAAGAUAACGAAAAUGUUGUGACAGGCUUCUUACCAGCGGGUCACAUGGCCCCAUGCAUCCAAGUCGGUAGCUUACUGGCAUCGAGACGCGCUCCUGGGGAUGUAAUCUCGGCACUCGUGUUCGCCACAAAACCGACUUUAAUAUUGUCACGCACUUUUGUGACGCAAGAGAAAUACAGGAGCUUCGACUCAUUAAAAGUAGGCAGUUGCAUUCCAUGCACAGUCCGAGACAUAUCGCAAAACGGCGUAAGAGUUAUCUUACCGAUCGAAAAUUACUCAAAAUUUGGUUUUGUAUCGUAUAAAAAUGUAAGUAAUUUCGAGCAGUUGUGCGUGAAUCAGAUAUUAUUUGUUAAGAUCACAGGUAUCAAUAGACAAGAGAAGCAGCUGACUCUAACGAUGUCGUUGAAAGACGUAUGGGAGAGCCCGUCUGAAUACGAAGUCAAGAUGAUGGCGGCGGUGGAUGUCUUGAGUUUAUACCUUAGCAAAUUUUCGGAGCUAGCCAAGAACACAUUUUACGAGAACAAGCCGAUCUCGUCGGCAAUUUUAGGUCAAAAAGUUACUGGUACUGUUAAGAAGAUAACUGAGGACGGUCUAGUGCUUCAAUUAAGCAAUCAAUUGAUGGGUACGGUACGCAAGGACCAUUAUUCCGGCAAUCCUCAAGUGGGGGACCAAGUGUUUGGUACAAUCCUGUGGAAGAAUUACAUCCACGAACUCGUCGACGUAUCGUUGCUACCGAGAAUAAUAAACGGCAUUAGCUCGAAGCAGAAAACGUUACCAGACCUACCAACUGGAAUUACGUUAAAAGCAGAGAUUCUGAUGAUUACUAAAUGGUUCAUACUUGUUCUCGUGAAACGUAACGGCGCGGGAUAUCUGGCGGCAUUACCCGCUCACCGACAUGCGAAUGAUAAUUCUCCCGAUCUGACGCCUUACAAAAUUCACGCAAAAAUUCGAUUAUACGUUAUAAUGAAGGGAACUGAAUCUUGUAUUGUCCCGAUUUGUAUGCUAAAGUCUGCAUUCGAAAUUCCGAAGGACACGAUCGUGACAGAGCUAUCUUCUACCAAGAAGGAACAAUUGAAGAGAAAGAAAAUAUCUGAGCCACACAAUGCAGAUGUUGCAAAUCCACCGAAAAAAGCGAAGGAAGUUCCGAAGAAAGUGUCGAAGAAAGAAGAUGAGAAGAAAAAUAAAAUUCAAGUUACAGAGGAAGAGAGUAGAAUAAAAGAUAUAGAUGAAAAUUCCGAAUCAGAUUCUGUUGACGAGAGUGAAACAGAGGGAGCGAGUAAGUCGGCGGUGGAAAAAUUGCACAUUCCGGAAUGCGGAUUUUCUUGGGAUGGCAAAGCAAAAUUGGCUGUUUCCGCUAAUGCUGAAACGUCCAGCGACGACGAGGAAGAAGAGAAACCUGAAGAGGAACCUAAGCGGAAGAAAAAAAAAUUGAGUGCGGCUGAGCGGCGGGAACAGGAACGACAGAAAGAACGCGAGAUUCGUCAGCGAGAGGAAGCUCUGGCGAGCAGUCAGGCACCCAAUUCAAUCGAUCAGUUCGACAGAUUAAUUUUGUCGAGUCCCGAUAGCUCGUUAGUGUGGCUGCAAUACAUGGCUUAUCAUUUGCAAGCCACGGAGAUCGACAAGGCGAGAACGGUCGCAAGACGGGCAAUCAAAACGAUUAAUUUCAGAGAGGAAAACGAACGUUUAAACGUGUGGAACGCGUGGCUCAAUUUGGAAUCCAGAUACGGCACCGCCGAAUCCCUGAACGACGUAUUCCAAGAAGCUGUGAAGACGAACGACGCAUAUAAAGUAUAUACGCACAUGCUAACUGUACACGCGGAUUCCGAUAGAAAGGCCGAACUUGAGAAAUUGAUAAGUACUGUGAUCGGCAAAUUCAAACAAGAUUCCCAGACAUGGAUAGACUGCGGUGCCGCGUUAUUGAAAGUUGGCAUGAAAGAAAAGUCACGGCAAAUCAUGCAACGGGCAUUGCAAUCCUUGCCCGUAUCUCAACAUGUGAACCUGCUGGUAAGAUUUGCGAAUUUAGAAAACAAAUUGGGAGACAAGGAACGAGCGCAAACGUUAUUCGAAAAUAUUUUGAGUUCUUAUCCAAAACGCGUCGACGUAUGGUCGUGUUAUGUGGAUUGCUUAAUAAAGUCCAAAGACAUCGAAUUAGCCAGAAAAGUAUUGGAACGAGCAUGCGUCCAAACGCUUCCACCGAGGAAAAUGAAAACUCUCUACACGAAAUUUAUAAAUUUUGAAGAGAAAAACGGUACACCCGAGGCUGUAGAUCGUAUACGACAGAUGGCUGCAGAUUACGUGGAGAAACAUACAUAAACAAUGUUUCUAUUUUAUAAAUAAAUGUUACAAGCGAGUAGAAUAUUUUUCUAUGUUACGUA